AUGGCUUUAAAACGUUUACCUAACGAUGUUCAAUCUUUGUUAAGUGCAUCUGCCCACGUUAAUAAUUUUAAGAGAGCUAUUGAAGAAUUGAUUUACAAUUCGCUAGACGCAGAAUCUACAUCGAUAGCGAUAAGAAUUCAAAUUGAAGAAAGUUCGAUUCAAGUCAUUGAUAACGGAUAUGGAAUAGCCAAACACGACUUCAAUUUAAUUGGUCAAAGGCAUGUGACGAGUAAAGUAAAUAAUAUUGAAGAAUUAAAAGCCGCUCCUAAAAACUAUGGAUUUAGGGGAGAAUUUCUAGCUAACAUAAUUACAAUUUCGCAAAUGGUAAAAAUAACGUCAAGGCGCUUGGGUACGGAAGAUACUUGGGCAAAGACAUUUUGUGAUGGCAAAGAAAAGAAGUUUGCUAAAAUGACAACGAGGCCGUCUAAUGGAACAACGGUUGAUAUAAAGGGUUUUCUACACAAUCUAAAUAUACAAAGAAGAGGAAUAGAUGCCAUAAAUGAAACGCAGAACAUCAAACUAUUUUUAGAACAAAUAUCUUUGGCUCAUAACAAUGUAUCUGUAAGCUUAAGAGAUGACGCUAAAAAUGAAAUAGUUUUUAAGAUUCAUAAGAAGAGAGACGUUUAUCAAACAUUAUCGACUUUACUUGAUAUUAAUAAAUCAGAUGUAGUAGAACUUCAAGUAGAGAAGCAUGAGUACAAAGUCAAAGGUUUCAUUGGAAAGACUGAUAAAGUUAUUGACUUGCACUGGAUUUACCUCAACGGAAAAUGUAUACACAGUAGUAGCAAGUUACAUAAAAUGGUAAACGAAUAUUUGAAACGAUCUCUACACAUUAAAGAUCCAAGGAGGUUGAAAUCUAAGAAGACAUCCGACGAAAAUCAACUACUCAAUCAAAAUAUUCCAUUCUAUUUUAUUUUUCUUACGUGUCCAUACAUUGAUUAUGAAAUAAGUUUAACCCCUAAACAAUCAGUGGUCGAAUUUAAAGAGUGGGAACAAGUAACUAAACUACUAGAUAAAUUAAUAAAGUUCUAUGUUGGUGACGUGAAUGUAAAAGAAAUUAAGGUACCUAAAAAUGAAUGUAUAAAUAAUAAUAAAGAACAAAGCGUUAAAGCUGAUCAUGAUACACGCAAUCAAGUUAAGAAAAUUAUAGAGAAGAUAUUAGGAAGUAACUGCAAAAAAAUAGGCGUUUCACAGUUACAAAAUGGAGUAAAAGGAAAACUGAUCAAAAGAAAGGUUAAAAAGAAAGCUAAACACAGCGACAGUAUUCAUAUUCUACAGCAAACAGAAAUUAAACAUCAUUCGCACAGCAAAACUAUAGCUAAAACGAAUGCAGACCGUAUUUUGGAACAUAUAAAUGAACGAAAACAAGACUUAGAUGUCAAUUUAGAUAAAAAUCCAAUUCCAGAAUUAAAAAAUGAAGUAACAAAAGUUCCGGAUAUAGCAAAAAAUCUAAUUCGAAAUAAGUCAAAGGAAAAAAAGAAAAAGGAGAUAAAAAACAAAAUAUCAUCACCAGCAAUGGUAAUUAGAAAAACAGUUAGUAAAAUACAUAAAAAAGAUAUCAUCAAAAACCAAGAAGAAUAUAUAAAUUCAGACACAGAUUCAGUUUAUAAAAGAAGUAAAAUUGUAGCACAAAAGGUGGAAGAUUUUUUGCAGCACGGAGUCACAAAGAAAAUAAGAGCCAAUAAACAAACUUUAGAAAAGAGAAACAGGAAAGCAAUCAAGAGAGAACUUGAAUUUAAAAUCAGAGAGAAAAGUCGUGCGAAUAAUGAAAAUAAACUUGAACUCCUAAAGCUAAACAAGUACAUUGUGAAUAAACUUAAAACAAAAUCAUACAAAACAACGUACGAUCUUAUUCAAACAGUUUUGGGAACUCAACAAGAAGUAUUUGAUGUUGGGGGAAAUAAUUUCAGUGAAGAAUUAUACAGGGGAUUUAAAAAACCAAAUGACAGAACACAUUUUAUAUCAAAAAGAAGAACAUGGACGAAUAAAUGUGUCCUUCGUGAAUACUCUAAACGUACUCAACGCCACAAAAUAGACAUAAAAAAUCAAUUUAUAAACGAAAGUCCAACUCGAUUUAGGGUACUUGAAUAUGAAGAUCAUUUUACAAAUCACAAAACAGAAAAACAAUUUAGUAACGAAAAUCCGUUCCAAUUUGAAGAGCCUGACAAUAAUUUCAGUAGAAAUCAAAGUCCUUACGAUGGACAAGAAACAUCCAAUGCUAUAUCAAAUGUUCCACCAACCUUUGAGUCUGUUACUAGAGAAUUUUAUAACGCAGGUCGUCAUUUCAACUGUACACAAAGAGAAACAUCAUUUCAAACAAUGAGUGGGCCAUUAACAAUAUUGACUUAUGACAGUCAUGGACACCAUAAAAAUGAAGUGUUUUCAAAUUACGACAUUGCAAAUUGUGAUAGGACUAAUAGAAAACACAAUACAAGGUUUAUAACAAAGCAAUCUAAAGAAAAUUUCAUUACAUCUAACGAUUUAAAUAUAAGAUUUAAAAAAUCUCGUAAACCAGUAUCGAGGCAACCCAAAAUGUAUGACUUAUGUAUGAGGGAAAGAAUAAAUGAAACACUGUACACCAUCGAAUAUACUAAAAGCAAUGAAAGUUGUCAUUAUAUAGAACCUAAUCAUAUUCUGGUUAACAAUGCCACUUAUGUCAAGGAAAAAGCAAAUGUAACUGAACUUCCUAUCAUAGAUCGUACCCCAGCGUACAGAAAUACAUACACACUAAGUCCUUCCCAUCAUUCAUUUGACCUAAAUAAUAUAACACAGAUCCAACAGAACUCUUUACAAAAUAGAAUUCAUUCACAUGAAAUGUUUGGAACAUACACAAUAGAUGAUUCUGACUGUGUAAUAAACAAUGAUUACAAGGAACUUGAUACAGGUAAAAAUGAUUGUUUAAUAGGCAAUAACAACGUGAAUAUUGUGUUUGUAUCUAAAUCACAACGGACUCAGACUGAGAGUUCGAAAAAUGUGAGCAUAGAGCCACUUAACUGGUGCGAAACAGUUUUAAACGAAAUUGAAACUGGAGACGCAGAAUUGUCUCCUAAAGAAAAUGAUCGAUUCAAUGACUCUCUAUAUGAUAACUUUAUCAAUAAUGACGACGGUAUUGAUGAAUGGGUUGCAAAUGAAGUUGGACAAAUAAUUCAAGACAAUGCUGCCGGCAAUGUAACCGAAGAUGUCUCACAUCACUUUGUAGAAAACAAUAAAGAAACACGCGUUACAAAUAACGAAAUUACAAUUGAGGAUCCUCCUAAUAAUAACAAUCAUAUUAAUUACACUGCAAAUAAUGACUGUAAUUAUGAAAUUAAUCCUUUUAAUCUCAAAAACAGGCAUCGUUUCGUACCUAAAGGCAUGUCACAAAUCUUCGAAAAUUGCCGAACUAAGGGCGCAUGCGACUACAAAUUGGAUGAAGAGUAUUAUGAAGAUAGUAUUUACGAUAAUUUUGCAAAAGAUGUUCAAGUAAAUACAGAAAUAUAUGAACCUGUGGUACAGAAUGUUGAAAAUCAUGCUACUAAAAAUAUACACAAGUUUGAAAGUAAAGUGAAGAAAGAUAAUGCAUCACUUAUUUUUGAUGAGACAUCAUUGAAGGAGGCUAAGGUGCUUGGUCAAGUGGAUUGUAAGUUUAUAGCAUCAAUAAUGAAAAAGCGAAGCUGUGAAACAGAGGAAACGGCAGAAUAUCUUAUAUUGUUUGAUCAACACGCAGUUCACGAGCGCAUAAGAUUGGAGAGAAACUUAGCAGAUUAUCUAAAGGAAGAUAAUUGGGUAACUGUCGCAGUAGAAAACGUAGUUUUGAAAAUGUCCAACGACCAGAUUCUUUAUCUACAUAACUAUAAAGAUAAAUUUGCACAGCUUGGUCUACAAUGGACUAUUCUUGAUAAAGAAGUUAACGUCCACUCUAUACCUGAGGCUAUUCUUGGAAAAAACCCUAGAGAGGUUGAAAAAGUCAUAAAAGCUGUGAGAAACUUGAUCAUUGAGGAAAUCAACGUUAUGAAGAUGCAAAAAGGUUGUCUAUCGUUAUAUCCAAAAUCAAACAUGGAUUUAGUUUUUAGUGAGGCUUGCAGAUAUGCAAUAAAAUUCGGAGAUCACCUUUCCAAGAAUGAAUGCAUCCAAUUGUUGCAAGAUUUGUCCAAUUGUAAGACACCAUUUCAAUGCGCCCAUGGUAGACCCGUUAUGGCUGUCAUAAUGGAUAUCAAAGCGGAAAAUCGUGAAUAUAAGAUUAACAUGUCGAAGUUGAAGCAGUUUAAACAGGUGAAGUGACCAAUGC